AUGGCAAUCCCCUUGGUCCUCCUUCUGGCAUGGCUGCUGCCAACUGUAUUCGCAGCAAGUCUCACUCAAGUGUCCAACUUUGGUGACAAUCCCGGUUCAUUGCAAAUGUACAUCUAUGUACCUAAUAACCUGGCCUCGAAGCCGGCUAUCAUUGUCGCUAUGCACCCCUGCGGCGGAAGUGCCACUCAAUACUACGGGAUGUACGACUACCACACUCCCGCCGAUCAAUAUGGAUACAUCCUCAUCUAUCCAAGCGCAACACGGGAUCUCAACUGCUUCGACGCCGAUACCGCGGCAUCUCUCACGCACAACGGCGGUAGUGAUUCUCUCUCCAUCGUCAACAUGGUCAAAUACACCAUCUCCAAAUACGGCGCCGACUCAUCCAAAGUCUACAUGACCGGAUCCUCGUCCGGGGCAAUCAUGACCAAUGUUCUGGCCGGCACGUAUCCAGACGUCUUUGCUGCUGGAGCUGCAUUUUCGGGCAUGCCGUUUGCAUGCCUCUCUGGCGCUGGGGGAGCUGAUCCGGCAAUGUCGAAUCAGACCUGUUCUCGGGGUCAGAUCAAUCAUACCCCUCAAGAAUGGGCAGCGUACGUCCACAACGCCUACCCGGGAUAUACGGGCCAAUAUCCCCGUCUACAAGUCUGGCACGGAACAGCAGAUAACGUCAUUUCAUACACUGAUUUCAACCAAGAGAUUAGCCAAUGGACCACCGUCAUGGGUCUGAGUUUUACGAGUAAUCAGACUAAUACCCCUCUAUCGGGUUAUACUAAGAUGAUUUAUGGCGAUGGGUCAAGGUUUCAGGCGUUCUCUGCGUCCGGUGUAGGACAUUUUGUGCCGACUGAUGUGUCGGUUGUGCUGGAUUGGUUUGGGAUUACUGGUGGCGGUGGUGGUAAUGGUGGUGGUUCUGGUUCGACGACGACAACGACGUCUGCGACGACUACUAGUACCGGUCCUACAGGGGGAUGUACAGCGGCGCAUUGGGACCAGUGUGGUGGGAAUGGAUAUACGGGAUGUACCAGUUGUGCCAGUCCGUAUACCUGUCAGAAGGUGAAUGAUUAUUACUCGCAGUGUCUGUAA